GUUAUUGCUUCAUCUCACUUUAUUCUCCUUCACACCAUUGAUUACUCGAUGUCUCAUACUUCCUAGGUCAAACAAAUUCCUUUCUUCACAUCCUUAUGUUCUCCAAACUUUUUUCACCCGAGUCACUAUAGUACGGCAUAUGCCGAUAGGCACGGUUACGUACUCUAAAAUGAAUCCAUCCAUCCAUCCAUCCAUUCGUCCUUGUCGUGCCUCAACAUACCACUUAGAAACCACACAAGGCGCACAACACGCGGUAGAAUACCUCACCAAGGGCUAGGGAUUCUGUCCAGAACGCUUCACAAUCUUCAUUGAGCAAGCGCUGCUACUCUCGUGACGACCACUUAAAUGUCAGAGAAUCAAGCCGCUGCAACGGCAAGGCCUUCUAGGCCAGCAAAGGUUGUUUUCGUCUACGACAUAGCAUCUCCGACUUCGUGGAUCGCUCUCAUUACCAUGCUUAGGUAUCAAGAACCAUGGAAUCUUGACCUUGAGUUGCAGCCGAUUCUGGUUGGAUCCGCAAUGCGGGCAACAGGAGUGAAAAAGCCACACCUUCCACCAGUGAAGCAGCAGUAUUACGAUCGGGAUUUGCGUCGUGUUGCGGAGCGGUGGGGAGUUACUAUCAACCCGCCACCCGAGGAUCCUUUUGAUCGCAUAACCCGACCUGCAAUCCGUUUCUUGCGAACUCUGAAGGCUCACGAACCCAGUGAUGUGCUCGUGAAAGCUACCCUGCUUCUAUUCGAGGAAUACUUCACUGUCGGAACCCCUGUCACAUCUCCAAAAUUCUUCGAUUGUCUAAGCUCCUCUCAUGGAAAGCGCGGCCCCCUCUCCGAAAGUCGUCUGCAGCAACUCCUUGCAUUUUCACAGCAAAGAGAAGCCGAGGAGGGACUAGACGCAGAUGUGCGAUACGUUGUGGAGAAAUGGGGUACGUGGGGAGUCCCAUGGAUGGUGGCGCAUCGCGUCCCCCCCGAUGAUCGGAACUUGAGCGACGAAGAGAAAAUUCUCGACCCGCUUCCACCCACCGAAUGGCAGAGUUUCCACACGGAAAAUCGUAUCGAAGCAUUAGGGUAUUAUCUUGGCCCAGAAUAUAUAUGGCGAGGACCAUGGCCUGACGGGAUCGAGCGCUUCAGUGCGUCUGUUGGGCCAUCACCAGCUUUCCUGAUCCCUAAACGGGCUCCAGAAACUGGUGAUACUAAAGGGAAGUUAUGAUACGUUCCGGUUGGGAUAUACCUGUCCCCAUAGAAGGUCAACGAUAGCGUAAUCCGCACCCAAAACAAUCACUGCUGGGUCCUUAAUAAUCCUAGCUUUGUCGUUAUUUGUAAAGUGCCUGGCGUUGUUUGUGUCUUGUAUCGCCACCGUACGGUUUGUUUUGAAGUGUAAUUGUGUGCUUAGAGAGCACUUGACUGGGUGGUGCUCAUGACAUAGGUGCCUACGAACACAACGUAAACCCCGAAGUGCUGACCGCAGUC